GCCCGGCGCCCCCCCGCCGCUGCCGGGGCUGAGGUGCCGCCGGCCCGGCCCAGCCAUGGCCGCGUGCGGCUGUAACGCGCUGCUGGCCGCGGCCAGGGCCAGUUUCAGGGGCUCCCACCUCCUGGCGCACUCCAGCCCUCUGUACCCUCCAGCCGCUGCUCUUGUCCAGCUGGUGGAUUCCCAGUUAACCUGGACUUCCAGAGACUCCAAAGGCCAGCCCUGGGCACGCCACGCCUGCCUGGGCGCUGCCCUGCCUCGCCCACCUGCCCACAGCCUGCACACCUCCACCAGCUCAUGGCAGCAGCUCCCAGAGGAGCCCCCGCCCCACCAAAACCCCAGGAACCAGGCAGCUAAACCUGCUAAAAUCCUGACAAAGCAGGUCGUAGGGGCUCCUGGGGGAAAGAAGUCCUUGCGACAGAAAGUUGUGGCUGAGCUGAAGCAUUACUACAAUGGAUUCCACCUGCUCUGGACUGACACCAAGGUGGCUGCCAGGAUGGUGUGGAGGCUGCUUCACGGGCAGGUGCUCACCAGGAGGGAGAGGCGAAGGCUGCUGAGAACUUGUGCAGAUCUCUUCCGGCUGGUUCCCUUCCUGGUGUUUGUCAUUGUCCCCUUCAUGGAGUUUCUGCUACCUGUGUUCCUGAAGAUCUUCCCUCAAAUGCUACCCUCAACAUUUGAGACGGAGUCAAAAAAGGAAGAAAAGCUGAAGAAGAAGUUAAAUGCAAGGCUGGAGUUAGCCAAGUUCCUGCGGGAGACCAUUGCAGAGAUGGCCAAGAGGAACAAAGCAGACACAGGACAAGGGAAGCAGUUCUUUUACCUGCACGAGAGCCGCCACCGCGGCCACCAGCCCAGCACGCAGGAGGUGGUGCGCUUCUCCAAGCUCUUCGAGGACGAGCUGACCCUGGAGCACCUGGAGAGGCCCCAGCUGGUGGCUCUGUGCAAGCUGCUGGAGCUGCAGCCCCUGGGCACCAACAACCUGCUGCGCUUCCAGCUGCUGCUGCGGCUGCGCAGCAUCAAGGCCGACGACGAGAUGAUUGCCAAGGAGGGGGUCGGGGGCCUGAGCGUGUUGGAGCUGCAGAGUGCCUGCAGGGCCAGAGGGAUGCGCUCAGUGGGGCUCUCUGAGGAGCAGCUGAAGGAGCAGCUUGGGCAGUGGCUGGAUCUGCACUUAAAGGAGAAUGUUCCUUCUUCUCUCCUCCUGCUUUCCCGUGCCUUGUACUUAAUAGACCUAAGGCCACAAUCUGUUUCCACUCCACAGAACAAGACAGGUGAAGCUGCAGGAGUGAUGACAUCUGUGCUUGAUCCUGCCCCUGUUGUACAGGGAAGAAAGAAUGAAGAAUUUGUGUCCCAGCCAACAGAGAAAUUGCCAUUCUCAGAAGCGUCAGUGAAGCCUCCCCCACGAGAGACCAAAAUGGAAGCAUCCCAGAGCAGCAAGGCUGGUGCCAACGGAGCCUAACCUGGAGCCAGCACUGGGAGGAAGCAGCUUCCAUCCCCACACCUCCUGCAAAGGGAGCAGGCAUUUCCCAGGAGGCUGCUCUACACAACAAGGCAAUAGCCCUCAGGGCCUCUCUCUCUGUCCCAAGCUUGUUAGCAACUAGGCCAUUGCUGUCUAGGUGGCCCCAGACAUCUCUUUCGUGCUGGAUCCUCGCCCUGCUACUUUUAACUUAUGGUGUAAAUAUGUUAAUAAUGGUGCUGCUGUCUGUGCUGUUCCUGAGCAGGUGUUUGUGCUUAGCAAAGACAGCUUUUCAUGUCAGAACAGGCUGGGCUGGGGGUCCAGCAAAGCCUGUUCUGAGUGUUAAAUCCUCUGCAGGAACAUCCCCCCACACCCAGGGCCAGCAGCUUGUCCUGGGUGUCACAGCUCAGGCUCUUGGUCCUGAUUAGGGUGUUGUAACCAGUGACCAGCCCACAAGCACCCACGUGGCCACAGUUUUACUGAGGAGGGUAAGCACAGGGAGGAGCCGUGGUAGAAGUGAUCAGAAGGAUUUCAGACCUUGCUGGACAGGAGCAGAGCAGUGACAGGAGCAGCCUCCCCCCUGCGAGUGUUGCUUCCCCAGUGAGAGCUGUGCAGGUGCCACACACUGUGACAGAACCAGACUUGCACUUUCAGGAUCCCUCUGGGCCAGGUGAGGGAGCAGCCAGGGACCUGCACACCUUUCCCAAGCAUGGAGAUUUGGUUAAUCCUUACCAGGCUCAGAAUACACUCCAGGUGCUCUCCAUACUUCACAAAGUGACUCCUCACAUGCUCCAGUGAUGACUCCAUUUUUGCCAGACUCUCAGAGGAUACUGAAAAGCUGUUUUUAGCAUUUGUUAAAUUUUUUACUCUGUCCUAUGUAAAUGCUGAGAAAUUACUUACAUUAUGGAUUUUAGAUAUGUAUAUUUAUACUUACUGUAAAGUUAGAUUUGGUGCUAAGUAGGAAUGAAAUGUCUCUUCCAGAGGUCAGACAGCUUUUAGAACAACCCGACUGAAAGCCAGUUCUCCAAGGUCAGGUGUGAGCAGCACUUUAAACCUGAGGCCUCAGGCUCCUCCAGCACUGCAGAGCUGUCAGGAGUUCUGUGUCCUUAGCUCUGUACCUGAACCUCUCCUUGUUCACCCAGCCCACCUGCAGUGCUGGACCUUGUCUAAUAAACGGGAGCAAAUGUUAUUUCAAUAAAAUAACACCUUUGCUGUG